GUUGAAGCGCAGGGGUUCCAGGGGUUUAGGUUAUCGCAGGAAGGAAGCACGGAGUAGGGCCGUGGCGAAAGUGGUGGAUGUGGAGCAGGCUCGCCAAUCUUCGCGAGAGAGAGCAGAGAGUGAGGGUGAGUGAGGGUGAGUGAGGGAGAGAGAGAAAAGAGAAUCCAGGUGAGGGAGGGUGUUGUGGCAGGUCUGUAGCGAUGGGGAUGGUACGCAUCAGGCUCGCGCGCUUCGGCCGCAAGAACCUGCCAUUCUAUCGCAUCUUCGUGGCUGAUAGUCGCUCUCCUCGUGACGGAAAGCACCUUGAAGUUGUCGGGCAUUACAAUCCCUUGCCCGGGAAGGAUGGUAUGAAGCGUAUUGGUGUAAAUAGCGAUAGAAUCAAAUAUUGGUUGUCAGUUGGGGCUCAACCAUCAGAUACAGUACGAAGACUCCUUAACAAAGCAGGGAUUUUACCAGCUCCUCCUGUUCCGCACAUGCCGAAGAAGGGUCCAAACCCUUGACUCAGAAAAAAUGGUUAGUUAUUGUUGGAUUAGGAUUUGGCAAUAAUAAUCAAGUAGGGCCCCACUUCUUGGAUCAAAAGAUGAGUGACAUACUUGGAAGACCUAUACGGUAUCGGCACAAGCCCCAUUUGAAGAUCUGUUUCGGUGAUUAGAAAUUUCUAAUGUUAUAUGCAUCUGAUUCAAUCAUGAAUGCAAGAGCUUUCGAUCUUUGGAAAGGCGAUUGAUGGUGUCCAAUGUACGAGCUCAUGGAGUUCUCUGUCUGUUCUUUUUCCUUCGUCCACACGUGUAAAAUUUGUCUUCUUUCA